AUGGGUGAGAAGAAGAACCUGUUGUGGCGUUUGGACUUGUUAGAGCAUCACUUCCUCAAUACAAAGGUUCGUUUUGCUAGAACAAAGGCGCUGCUCAAGGCCAAGGGGAAGAAGAAGGCACAUUUACUACCGGAAUCUAAAGAUGAAGCUAUAAAGGAGAUUGAAGGUUUGAAGUUGGAUAUCUUGGAGAGAAAGAUCCACAGCUCCCUGGUGAAGUAUAACAGAGCCAUCAAGAAAUCUAUAAAGGCUAUGCCAACGAAAACCAACAAAGAUGAACUUGAGUUCCUCAAGUCGUUGGAUAUUGAUCAGAUCUCAACAAUCAGAAUCGUUAAAUCGAUACAGUCGAUCUUUAAGCUGAAUCCAAAGAGAAUUGAAUAUGCUCCUGGUUUUGUACCGGAUUGGAUCAUCGAUAUAGUUAAGGAUAAGACAAACGUUAAGAAUCCUUCUCAUUUUUAUAACUCUUUGACCCCGGAACAGAGAAACUGGUAUUCAAAAUUGAUGAAUAAGAAAGAUGUUCAGGCAAUUGCUGACAUUAUAGAAAAUAGUUUCAAGAUUGUUUUCGGUCCAACUGGAAAGCACAAUAAGAAAGACAUUGAAGAUGUCGAAACCACUGACAGUGAAAGCGAUGAUGAUGAUGAAAGUAAUGAUAGUGUUGAUUCCGGAAAGGUCAAGAAUCUUUCAAAACUACAAGACGAUGAUCAUGCUGAUUCAAAUGAAGAUGAUGAUUUUGAAAAGUAUGCAGAAUUUGAUAACUUGAUUGCAGGUUCUGAUGAAGACAACUCUGACGUUGAGCUUGAUAACACUAUAAACUACAAUGAGGUUACAGAUGAAGAGCCAAGUGAUGUCGAAGAGGAAGAGGACGAAGAAGAUGACUUCUUUGUAGAACAUGUAAAGGAAAAGAAAGAGAAGAAGGAGAAGACAACCAAGAAGGAGAAGAAAGAAAAGAUCAAGCUCCCUGAACUACAAUAUGGUUAUAUCUCGGGCUCUGAUGAUGAAGACAUUGACGAGGAUGAGGUUGUGAAGAAUGCAACACAACCAAAGAAGAAUAGACGAGGUCAGCGUGCUCGUCAAAAGAUUUGGGAACAGAAAUAUGGUAGAGGUGCAAAACAUAUCCAAAAGGAGAAGGAAAAGGUCAGAUUAGAAAGAGAACAGAAACAAAGAGAAUACGAAGAAAGAGUAGCCAAAAGAGCUGCAAAGGCUGCUAUAACUGGCUCUAACAGUACACCACUUGGCGAAAGAAAGAAUGCCACCACAGGUUCUGAAGUUGAACCAAAGCAGGAGAAGGAACUACAUCCAUCUUGGAUUGCUAAGAAAAAGCAAGAAGAAGCUUUGAAGAAUGUAAAGUUCUCUGGUAAAAAGAUUGUGUUCUAGAGUUAUUUUAUCGAAUCAAUAGGUAUCACAAUAUUAUUAAAUUCUAUAGCACAGC